GAUCGGCGUGCGCGUGUUCCGCUUCUUCUCGUGCCAUUCCUUCUGCUGCGCGCCUAACAGACUGGCUGGCUGCUGUUUGUGGAGCAUGGAUGAAAAACCAAAGGACGGCAGUAGUGCCGGCGAGCAAGAAGCGCUGUCCUAUCAGAAAAGGAUGUGGAAGAAUUUUCAAGAGAAAACCAAGCCGUUUUUAAGCCCCAAACUGGGCGCCGAACGUCGGAGCGCGGAAGGGAAAAAGGAGACGGGAAUAUGGAUGUUUAGGAAGAAAAAGAGGCAGGUUUUGGACCGCGUCUUUUCCUCGUCCCAGCCCAAUCUUUGCUGUUCUGCCCCAGUGCCUCUUGACGGUGACAAGUCCCUCUGCGGUAAACCGGACCCAAGCUGCAGUCAAGGACAUGCGCUGAAACCGCUCGGAACCACGGCCGUAGAGACGGCGGCGAAAUAUGAGCUGCCGGGACAUGCAAGCCCAAAGCAUAUCGUGUCACAUUUGGUGCUGUCCCACCAGAAAAGCUCGUCACUGGGGUCGGCUUGUUUUGAGAAACUGGUGGUGGGUGACUCUGGCGCCGGUGGCGUGGAUGAACAGCUGCGUAAGAACGCCAGUGAUUCUGGCAUCAACAUAGUUGGACCAAGUAAUGCGGAGCCCUCGCCUGCCAAUCUGGGAAUGUACCAGCUGGACAUCGUACUGAAGAGGGGAAAUAAUCUGGCCAUACGGGACAGGGGAGGAACCAGUGAUCCGUAUGUGAAGUUUAAGAUCUCGGGGAAGGAGGUGUUCCGCAGUCGCACCAUCAGCAAGAACCUGAACCCCGUGUGGGAGGAGUCAGUGUCCCUAUUGGUGGACAACCUGCGGGAGCCCCUCUAUGUGAAGGUGUUUGACUAUGACUUCGGUCUGCAAGAUGACUUCAUGGGGUCUGCUUACCUGUACCUGGAAUCCCUGGAGCAGAAAAGGACCCUGGAUGUGACCCUUGACCUGAAGGAUUCCCAGUACCCCGACGAUGACCUGGGGACCCUCGACCUGGCCGUCACUCUGUCGCCCAAAGAAGGGGACUUCAGAGAGGCAACCAUGCUAUUGAGGAGGAGCUGGAAACGAUCCAGUAAGCAGCAGCAGCAGCAGAGUCUCAGGCUCUCUGAUGUGCACCGUAAGGCCCAGCUGUGGAGGGGCAUCGUCAGCAUCAGCCUCAUCGAGGGUCGCCACCUCCAGCCCAUGGACCCCAACGGCCUGAGCGACCCCUACGUCAAGUUCCGCCUCGGACACCAGAAAUACAAGAGCAAGACCAUGCCCAAAACCCUGAACCCGCAGUGGAGGGAGCAGUUUGACUUCCACCUGUACGAGGAGCUGGGCGGGUACAUCGACAUCACCGUCUGGGACAAAGACGCGGGGAAACGGGACGACUUCAUGGGCAGGUGUCAGGUGGACCUGUCGGGCUUCAGUAAGGAGCAGACCCACAAGCUGGAUAUCCCGCUGGAGGAGGGCGAGGGCCUGCUGGUGCUCCUGGUCACUCUCACCGCCUCCGCCGCCGUCUCCAUCUCCGACCUGUCCGUCAACAUCCUGGACGACCCCCAGGAGCGCCGCGAGAUCCUCCAGAGAUACAGCCUGCUGCGGUCCUUCCACAACAUUAAGGACGUGGGCGUGGUCCAGGUGAAGGUCAUCCGGGCCGAGGGGCUGAUGGCAGCUGAUGUCACCGGCAAGAGUGACCCCUUCUGUGUGGUUGAGCUGAGCAACGACCGUUUGCAGACGCACACCGUCUACAAGAACCUCAAUCCGGAGUGGAACAAGGUCUUCACCUUCAACGUGAAAGACAUCCACUCCGUGCUGGAAGUCACAGUCUACGACGAGGACCGGGACAGGAGCGCGGACUUCCUGGGAAAAGUGGCCAUCCCUCUGUUAAGAAUUGAAAAUGGUGAACGGAAAGCUUACGCCUUGAAAAACAAGGAGCUGACAGGGCCAACAAAGGGGGUCAUCUUUCUGGAAAUAGACGUGAUUUUUAAUGCUGUGAAAGCUGGUCUCAGAACCUUGAUACCAAUAGAACAGAAGUACAUUGAAGAAGAGCCCAAAGUCUCUAAACAGUUGCUGCUGCAGAACUUUAACCGGGUCAGGCGCUGCAUCAUGUUCCUCAUAAACGUGGGCUGCUACAUCAACAGCUGCUUCGAGUGGGAGUCCCCCCAGAGGAGCAUCUGCGCCUUCCUGCUCUUUAUAGUGGUGGUGUGGAACUUUGAGCUCUACAUGAUCCCGCUGGUGCUGCUGCUGCCGCUGGUGUGGAACUACAUCCUGAUCGCCUCGGGGAAGGACACCAGGCAGGGCGACGUGCAAGCGGUGGAGGAUCUGCUGGAGGACGAGGAAGAGGAGUUUGACAAAGAUGACAAGGUGCCCGGUUCUUUUCCCCCCGAAGGUGGCGGUGCCAGCCGUAUCCUCCAGGAUAUGCUGGCCUCCUGGCACUUUGAGUGGAUACACGUGAUGGUGGACUCGGAGAGAAAGGGCUUCAUGAACAAGCUGUACGCCAUCCAGGACGUGUGCAUCAGUGUACAGAACGCGCUGGAUGAGGUGGCCUCCUAUGGAGAGAGGAUAAAGAACACUUUUAAUUGGACUGUGCCUUUCCUGAGCUGGCUGGCCAUCGUGGCUCUGUGUGUGGCUACCGUGGUCAUCUACUUCAUCCCCCUCAGAUACAUCGUGCUGGCCUGGGGUGUGAAUAAAUUCACCAAGAAGCUGCGCGACCCCUACACGAUCGAUAACAACGAGCUGCUCGACUUCCUCUCCAGGGUCCCCUCAGAUGUCCAAAUGGUGCAGUACCAUGAGCUGAAACCGGACCCCAGCCAGAGCCCAAACAAAAGGAAGAAAAACAACCCUGGGUAGGACAGGCCUCUCCCCCGCCUGGGAACUCUGGGAAGAGUGGGUCCGGACCAGCUUUACACCCCUCCCUCCAUCCUCUCAUCCACCUCUCGCCCCAAGCGUUUUAUCCUUUCAUCCUCUUUUCUCUUCGUUCUUCUUCUGUAAAUUCUGUACAGGCUCAAAGUGUAAUUAUCAUUGUAAAAGAAGAGCAGGAAAAACUUUUAAUUGCCAUUAUUUACGCCGUUUGUUUGUUUACUCGUGAUGGCGGGCGCGUGGGCGGGCGAGACGGAGAAUUGGUACUUGACCCCUUUCAGAAACGAACGAGCGAUUUUUCAGGUCGCGGUUUUAUGCCGAUGUAAAAUCGCGACUUCGACCCCCAACCCCCCAUCCUCCCCCCUCCCUCACUGUGAUCCUUCAGAACAAAACGCACCACCGUGUCCAACGCCGGGUUCAGCCGAAAGACAGACGUACCAUGGCGACAAUCUGCUCCCAAAACAAAGUCAGCGGUCAAAUGCCAGUUUCCCCCGUCCCAACACGUCUGUAGAGCUAGUGUGGCUGCACAGAGGGCCCUGGUCUCCGCGUCUUCAGCGGGAGUGAAUCUCAGCUGGGUCUGCUCGCUGCGUGAGCGCGGUAAACGUUCAUUAGAAAGUUAGAGAAGGAAUGAAAGGGAAUGUAGCUGAGGCCUAUGGCGUUGUACUACCCACAGCGACGGGGAGGCAGGGGGAAACGGUGCUUUCUUCCCCUCCCGACAGUGACAGCCAUACCCUCUGGUCUGCCAUUGUUCUUCAGGAUUCCUCACGCAGGAGAUGAAACUAGUUUUUCUUAAGUAAAUGAUAACAGGAAUAUAUAUAUUUUAAAGUAUACAUAAGGGCUGUGUUUUAGAAUUUUAACUUUUAAUAACAGUUUAAACCCACACACAAACACUUCUGUUACGCGAGCAGGCCUGGGUUUUACAAAUGAGCCGCCGGUUCAGCUGGAGUUGAGAAAGCAGCGCUGGUCAUCGUUGUGACGCCCAAGCCACGCCCCGCUGCUCCAGAACGGACCGGCAGGGGGCGAUAGCCACGCCCCGCUGCUCCAGAACGGACCGGCAGGGGGCGAUAGCCACGCCCCGCUGCUCCAGAACGGACCGGCAGGGGG